AUGGCUGUGAAAUGGCUGGCCGUCAGCGAAUUGUUUUCACACGUCAUAAGCAUUCAGGAAACACGACCGCAAGACGUCUCCGGUCAAAACGAAAUGGUGACGGAAAUUGAAAUCAAAAUGCCUGAGAAAAAAUUUAAGUCGUUCAACGAAACAUUCCCACAUUGUGCAUUUGCUUUGGCCAUAGCACUUAUUUAUCCAAAUCGAACAAACGCCAGAAAGCGAAUGAUGUUAUUUGGUUUUGUUACGCUCAUCAAUUCCGUUGUUCUAUUCUGGUUCUUGUUAUAUUUGGCUAAAUGCAUAUACACGUUGGAUAUGUACAACCUCUCGAGAAACGUCACUAUAGGGAUACUUGCAUCACUAUUCUUUUUUAAAUCAUUUUACGUAAAUUGGAAAACAAAAAUAUUCGGCCAACUAUUAGAAAAGAUUUCCGACGAUUUACUUAAAGGCAAUGAUAUGGAUGAAGAUUAUCAAGAGAUAUAUGAACAUUACAUAAAGCUGGGUAAACUAGGGCAAACGUGUUGGAUAAUAAUACCGAUUUUAUUGAGUUCACAGUUUCCAAUAUAUGCGGGGGCUUGCAUGAUUUACGAAAGUUUAAAAAGCGAUGUCGGAAAGAAGUAUAUGAUACACGAAAUGGAACUGAAAUUCAUUGAAGAUAAACAAUACGAUUCGCCUUAUUUCGAAUUAAUGUUUGCGUACAAUCUCGUACAAUGCGUCGUUUUGUCUCCAAACUUUGCUGGUUUCGAUGGAUCAUUUUGCAUCGCUACAAAUCAUUUACGCCUCAAGUUAAAACUAUACGCACAUAAAGUUAACAACGCUUUUAAAAAUGCCAGAUCCAGAGAUGAAUUGGAGUUAAUAAUAAAAGAAGCUAUCAGAGAUAAUCAAGAAGCAUUAAUAUUUUACAAUGAUCUGCAGGAGGUCUAUGGGGGGUGGCUUUUCACGGUUUUCCUGUUCACAUCGCUUCUUAUAUCAAUGAAUUUAUACCAAAUAUAUUUAAGUCGGCGCAUCGAUCCCAAGUAUACUAUAUUUGCUUUGAGCGGAGUCAUUCAUAUGUUUACACCGUGUUAUUUUUCAAGUAACUUGAUAAAGACUAGUGAGGAACUAAGUUGGGACCUGUAUAACUCAGCUUGGGAAGCAUGGGCUGACCCCGCUGUGACAAAACUCUUGAUAUUCAUGAUCGCAAAAUCGCAACAAACUCUUAUCCUAACUGGAAAGGGCAUGGUUUAUUUCAACAUGCAAUUAUUUAUAUCUGUCUUGCAAACCUCUUAUUCAUUCUUCACUCUUAUUUCGAGUUAA